AUGCUCACGGAGCACCAGGAAGAGUUUCUCGAAAAAAUCAGAUUUAAAGGCAAAGGAUGUCCUUGCAGGGCCACAUCCACAAGGAGGGGAACAGAGGCCAUAAGAAUGGUUAACAGCAUACUGAAAGCCCCCACUCGCAGCCUGGGGCUCUUUGGACUGGAAAUAGUCAAGUGUCUGUACAUAUACGAGCCUAUGCUUGGGAUUCCAAGGUAUUCGCUAGAUAAAGCUCUUGUGAGUCUGUGCAGCAAGGUGUUUGUCAGAGAGAUCUACAACGAGAUUGAAAGAAGAAUCAAGCUUCAUCUUGGGAGGAUGCUGGAUAGGGAUGUGCAUUCCAUUGAUGAAUCCAUGGGCUUCUCAGACUACAAUGAUUCCUCAUUGGACGAGAUAAUUGUUGGAUAUCUCAUGAUAAGAUACAAAGAGUAUGGAGAGUACAAAAAAGAGGCUUGGAGUAUUGUGGAAAGAGUCGGCCCCAGACUCAAGGCCAAGGCAAAAAGGAUGUUUGCUUCCUUGCUGGCCGGAUGUGUUGGAUCUUGCCUGCUGGAGGAGAAGAUUGAGAGACUCCUGGACUCCAGGCGAAGGGAAGCCGCAGUAAGUGUGGAGAAGAAGAAUAUCACGCACGUCCUCACAAGAGACGAGGUGGAGUAUGUAAGAGAAAACUAUCCCUUGGUAUCUUACUUCUACAACAUUCCUGAGGAUAUUGGGGUGCCUUAUCUUGAUUUAAGAAGGAGUUUUAAUAUUGAGUAUUUUGACGAGGUUUGUUGUUGGAAUGGAUUUACCGAGAACUCCAGUAUGCUUGGUGGGGCAUCAAAAGAGAAGCUUCUGGGGGACCUGGGCUUGCUAAAGGACAUAUGCUUUCGGAUGUGCAGAAACAGAGAAUAUGAUUUGGAGUUGAUGAGAGAGCUCAUAAAAAGGUCUACAUCCUUUGAACGGGCAUUUAUGGAGGGUUAUACAAAGGUGGUGUGCCAGGAGUACGAGGCUGCUAAAGAAAAACUCAGGAUGGUUCUGGAGAUCAUUAGAGGAAUGGGAAUGGCAUCCAUACACGAAAUUCAGCUUUGUGUGUACGAUCUUCUUUCCAUGUCCCACAUGUUCUGUGGAGAGUACUUUGAGUCUGUGUUUUAUCUGAAUAGAGGGGUAGAGCUAUCGUGCAAGUGCCGCCUGGAUUUUGUUGCCCAGCAUUUUCUUAAUUGCAAGCUUGUGGUAGAGAGGAUAGGGGGCGUGCACGGGCCUUCCCCAAACAUCAGGCUGGAUCUACGGGAGAUGAUUGAUCCUCGCCAUGUUGCAGUAAACGAGCAGAAGGUGGUUAGCAACAGGGUUUUUACAAACCUUGCGCUCAAAGAUGAGAUGAGCAACCUCCGAGAGAUCAGGACUCUUGAGAGGUUUGCGAUACUUAGGCCCUCUACACUUUGCAGAGACAUACAGAGAAUACUGAGGCGCCUCGGAAGAUACACAGUCAUGUCUCUCUACUGCAUAGACGGAAGCCUGUACAUCAACGACUUCAAGGGAUUUAUAAGGGUUGAUAAGGACUUUAGAGGUGCCAAGACACGGAUGAACAGAAUACUUGCCAGGUCCAGAGACAUUCUCAAGGAGAACGCGGUUACUGGUAUGGACAGGGCAAGGUGGUGGAUGCAGAGGAUAGAGCUGGAUGCAGAGCUGGGAAAAGUACUGUCUGAUAUCGGCAGCAAGUUCAAUGGGCUGUCGGUUGGCAAAAGUGUCAUUCUAGUCCUGGACGAAACAACAACAGAGUUUCCGUUCGAAUCGAUGCCUGUUUUUAGAAAUAAAGCGGUGUACAGAGUGCCUUCACUGGAGUAUCUUGAGAAUGCCUCGGGAUCUGGAGCCUCUGGAAGGUCUUUCUUCUAUCUGUUGGAUCCUGAAAACAAUCUUCCCAAAACCCAGGAGAGGAUGGCAGGUUUCCUCGAGUCCUCUGGAAUAACGAACGGUGUCACUGGAAGGCCUCCGUCAGACCUGGAGUGCAAGAAGGCUGAUGGCUGUGACGUCCUGCUCUAUUUCGGGCAUGGGAGUGGGUUAAAGUAUCUGAAGGUUUCCGGAGAAGGGAAGACAAUGCUUUUAUUUGGAUGCAGCAGCGUCAAGCUCCUGUGCAUGGAGAACUACAAGAGAAAUGGAGCAAUUCUAAAGCAUCUUAGGAGGAACUCGAUGGUAGUUGGAUGUCUGUGGGAAGUCACAGACAAGGACAUAGACAGCUUUAGUGCCAGGAUCAUAGGAAGCCUGACGAGUGGAUGCGAGAGUCUUGGGGAACUGAUUUCUAGAUUCCGAGACGGAUUCAGGCUGAAGUAUCUGAAUGGCGCCUCCGUGGUCAUUUAUGGCCUUCACUAG